AUGUCCCAAGAAUGUAUGCAGGAGCCAGCCCAGGUCUACAAAUUCACAGGGGCUGCAUGCCGCCUCACCUACCCCGCAGCGGUGGUCUUGAAUGAGAAAACCACUAAAGUGAUAGAAGCUGCGUUCCAACACGCUAAAUACCCGACUGUAAAGGGAGAGAAGGACCUGCUGUUUGGGAGCAAACUUGUCUACACACUGGAAAAUUUGAAUAUCUUCAACCUGACGAUUGGUCAGAGUGCGUUUGAUCUGCGUCCAGGUGAAGGCAUCUAUCUGAACAUCACAAACGUGUCUGUGGUGUUCAGAGGAACCCUGCAGUAUUCAUACAGAGGCCUCAUCUCAUUCGGACAGUCACUGGACUUUGAAAUGGAGUCUCGGGUUGACCUUGGGAUUAACCCUAAACUGUAUUGCAGUAAAGGUAAAGUGGCAGCUGACACGUCGGACUGUUUCCUGAAAUUCCAGAAGUUGGAGCUGUUGCUGCAGGGCGACAGAGAACCAAACUGGCUCAAGAAACUCUUCACAAACAUCCUCACUUUUACUCUGAAAGUAGCUGUCAGGGGCCAGAUUUGUCAGGAGAUCAACAAGGUAGCGAACAUACUUGCAGACUUCAUCCAGGACACAGCAGCGAACUUCCUGAGUGAUGGAGACAUUAGUGUGGACAUCGGUGUGACUGGGACUCCAGUUAUCACCGCCAACUAUGUGGAAUCAUAUCAUAAGGGCUUCACAAAAUAUAAGAACACCACAACUGCCAUAGAAGAGUCUAAUUUUAACCCUCGUCAUCUGACAGAGCAUCGGAUGUUGUACUUCUGGUUGUCAGAUCAGCUUUUCAACUCAAUCCUCUCUGCUGCACAUGAAGAUGGCCGUUUCCAACUCAACAUCUCAGGAUCAGAGCUAACAGAACUUUUCAAGACAACUCCGACCGAGGCCAUACCUGGGUUUAUGCGGGAGUGCAUCACGGGGUCCAGUGUUGCAGGGCUCAGACUGAAGUCAGAGAGUGUCUUCCUGAACACCUCCCAGGGCUUCGGGACCACGGUGUGGGCAGGGGCCUCAGGACAGCUCUACUGCGGAGGGUCUCCCACUCCACUGAUGCUCUUCUCCCCGAGCGUGGAGGUUGAGGUCCGUGCAUCCUACGCUGAUAAGAAACUCUCCUUGCAUUACAAACCUACCAAAGUGUCUGCUUAUCCAGAUUCAGUUCAGUUACUUGAAAUGACGGUGGAAGAAUAUGACAAGACAGUCACAUUUCUCACAAGUGCAGUGGAGAAAAUCGGUUUGCCUCUGGUCAUAUCUGUUCUUGAGACAGAGAUUACCCGACUGCUUGACAAACAAGGGACCAAUUUAUUUGAUAUCUCCAACAGUGAAGUGAUCCCUCAAGAUGGCUAUGUGGUCAUCCAGAUGGACUUUGGCUUUCCACAUCAUCUUCUUGUCGAGUUCCUCCGUAAAACUCUGGUCUAG